CUUUCGAUGGCUACUUCGAUGCUGGUGAAUCAUCAUAUUUGCCUCGCCGUAAAUUCGUUCCGUUCUAUCCGUUCUAUAAUAAAAUGUGUGUUGCGGGUGCUAUCUUUCUUUCUUUGUUGCAACUCUCUGUUGCAAGAUAUCCGUGCCCCAAUUUUCAUUUUGCUAUAAUGUAAUAAAACGCGCAUCGAGAGUGCGGGAGUGUCGUUAUACCGGGAGUGCCGUUUAAAGUAUCGCUCGAUUUUUGUAUUUGGAUGUGUUCGCGAGCAAUGCGAACAUGAUCGCGAACGCGUGUGAGUGCCAUUAAAAAGCAGGAAGCCCAGGGAAUAUCGAACGAUGUUGGAGCAACAUUGUGCCUAACCAGACUCCCGGAGGGGACACUCUCGAGGCCGAAGUCAACCGCUGACAGUGACACUAUGGAGUGAUUCGAUCGACAUUGUAUCAGAUAUCAAGAUGGACGCAGAGGCAGCAUUAUUGGAAAACUCGCCAACCUUGUCGACGAUCUCGUCGGAUUCCACGGACGCGACGUAUUCCGGACCCGACUCACCCUAUUCUCCGGAAUCGCCGAUCAUCGUCACGUCCUCUUAUAAAAAAAAGCGUAACGAUGAAGUCACGCCCAGACCAACGCCCAGACACCCAUUGCCACCGAGGAAGCCGAGCUUCCGGAUACGACCGCCCUACCUCAUGAUCUGUAUUAGCAUCAUUGAGAUAACCGUCCAUUGCCUGGGAGACGAGGCAACGUUACGGAGAUGGUUGGUCUACGAUCCCCGUCAGAGGGUGCAGGGCUGGAGGUUUGUCUCCUACAUGCUGCUGCACUCGAACGCACUUCACCUCGCACUCAACGUGGUCAUUCAGCUGGUCCUGGCCACUCCACUCGAGGUGGAGCAAGGGCGAAUAGGGGUGGCGACGAUCUAUCUGGGUGGCGGAGUCUGCGGCGCUCUGGGAGCGUCGCUUCUGCAACCUAGUCUUUACCUGGUCGGCGCUUCAGCCGGUGUUUACGCACUGCUCACGAGUCAUCUCGCCCAUCUCUACCUGUGCCACGGCGAGCUGCGCUACGCCGGCUGGCGUCUCGGCGCCGUGCUGCUGCUGGCCGGUGCGGACGUCGCGUCGCUGCCCGUACCGGCGCUACUCGGAUGCGGUCGGGUCGGCUGGGCGGCGCACGUCGCGGGCGCGCUGGCGGGUCCACUUCUGGGCCUGGCCGUGUUCCCGAACCAGAGCAAGAAGGACGCCCGGGGCCGCAGGUUCGUGCGAUACGUGCGGCUGCUGUCGGCCGUGAGCGUGAUGCUGCUGAUCGUCGGCGCCGUCCUCGGCAACGUCUAUCUGAUCGCCCUGCCGCAGCUCAGGAAGCCAUCCUGACAAAGGAUCGAAAUGCUCGUCAAGCUCUGCAGACGGUCCUUCCUGAUCGUGAAGAUCCGGGAGGCCGCCGAGAGUGUGUUCGAGUAGGCGCGCUCGGAAGAGCGGAUGAACAUGAAAAGACCGAACUGUGGACUUGCAUGUGAGAUCUCAGCGUCGAUCGCGCGGAGUGAACUUUUUUCCGCUCCUCAUCUUUCUGAUCUCGCGUGAAUCCUCGUGCCAUCGGAAGAUAGUCGCGCUUUCGUCGUGAUUUCGAUAAAUUCGUGUCAAAAAAAAAAGUUGCCCCUGUACUUCUCGUGUGAUUGAUAAACCGGGACGAUCAUACAAGCGAGCAUCAACGCUCGAUGAAACGAUAGAACCAAAGAUCGACGAUUCGCGUUGUCGAACCCGUUCACACUACUCGCUGCCAUUAGAAUCUCUAGAGGAUCUCAAAGACUCUCAAAGAUGGAGUGCGCGAUUGAAUGGCGAAAUGUAUCCGAUGGUGAAUACAAAUCGUGACUCUUCACGCCUGACACUUUGAUAAAUUUGAUAUUGCAAAUAAAAUUAAUAAAAGUUGCGACUUUUUUAUAGACAAGUAGGACGUUCAAAACUGCCGAUCGCCGCAACCAUUCGACAAGAUCGAGUUGUGUAUGAAUGAUACUUAACGAUUCUUAAUGACUUCUCUCUCUCGCUAUAUCAAUCUCGCUGUAGCGGCGAACAAGAAAAGACUCUGCAGAUGUGAAAAAUGUGUGUAUAAUAAGAGUAAGAAAAAUCAUAACACAAUAUAAGAGACGAUAUGCAUUGACGGGCGUGUAAGUUUGCCCAGGAGCGGCGAACGAUUAUUGUAGAAUGUGAAAGUAAUUUAUUUGCAUAAAUACAAAGGAAGAAGAAACAAUUGUUAUGAGUGGUAAGAAACCGCGAUUCCGCGGAUGUUGAAGCCGGCGCGCGUCGCUGGCGAUAUAUUAUUGACAAUGGGAUACCUUCACCCUUUUCCAUUCUUCGUAUUAACGGUUUAGCGUGUACGAGAUAUUGUAAGAAGGUGUGUAUAAAAUAAAAUGAUCAUAUUAUUAACGUAAACGUGUUAUAAUGUAACGAAGAUUUUAAUAAUGGCAAGAUAAAUGUAUCGAUCGUUAAUAAACCAAAGUUUAACAACGUGCGACUGAUUACGAGCGAUGCCACGUAAACUCUGAACGAACUAAUCCGCUGUCGUAGAAAUAACAUCGUAAUCUUGAAUCGUCUCUCGACGUUAUCGAAUAAUGUAGAGCGGGAGGAUAACGGAAUUAGUGGAGUCUCUAAAACGAAUUUCUAUACCUUGAGCCAGAGUCCUGCCAUGCUCCCCGAUAAAUGUGCAAGAGCGAGCAAGAUCUUUUAUAGCGUAACAAUAACGUAAAGAUAAUCACGUUUCUAUUUGCGAAGCUGUAAACCCGCAGAAAUAUUCAUAGCGUAGCGUAGUAUCUUUAAUCACGAUGCUAACUGUGCAGAGGUUGUUAAGAGAGUUCGUGUGCGUACAGAUUUGAAGCGUUCAUCAAUUUUCGAUCGUGUUAUUUCUCUCCGCUUCAAUUUAUCACAGCUAACGGCCACAUCGAACGAUAACAUAAAUUAUCGUUAUUAGUUUGGAUUAACAGCUCGGUUAAUUAACUGGCUUGUCGGAAUUUUCUAAUAAACAAUUAGGUGAAGAUAAUGCGAUCUAAUCAGUUGUGGCUCAUUUCCCCGAAAUUGAUCCAACUGACAACUCUUAUUUCACUCGAGAGUUUCCCGAAUCACUUCCGCGGAUUAAUAUUCAAAGGGAAGAAUUUAUUGCUAUUAACAAAAUCACACUCGCGCGCUGUAAGAGAAAUAUCGGCGCCGAAGUGAAUUAUAUUCGUAUAAUUUCGCGCAUACAUACACACACACACACGCACGCAUACAUACACACGUGUAGCGAUGUAGAAUGAAAAAGUUGAGAAAAAUGAUGUGUUCUCCCGGGCAAUUAGUCGUAUACUCGUAUAUCUAUUUGUUUAUCAAUGUUACAUGAGACGAACUGGCUGUGAUUAUGUUAGUGUUGUCGUCGACAUGAUUAUAUUAUGAAACCUUGUAAAUAUGAAUUAUCAAAUAUAGAUAUGAUUACACAUUCAGCUCUCAUAUACGUACUGUGAUUUCGCCGCGAGUACAUAAUGAGGCCCCGUUAUCUCCAUUGUAUAUCGGAACAAUCGAUUGCCUGCAAUAAAGUCAAACGAAUCGUA